AUGCCACGCGGCAUCUCAAUGAGAUCCUCCCUGAGGAGCCGAGAUUCAUCCUCGACGUCGACCGGGAUCGAUCCUCGUGAACGCAUCAAGGACUGUUGCCGAAAACUGGUGGCUUUCAUGUGCACUCAAGUCGGCGUGGGUGGUCUGGUAGUGGGCUAUGCCAUUGUGGGUGCUUUUGGCUUCAUAUCGAUUGAGUCUCAGAUCGAUCCAACGAUAACAGUGUGUGUACAGGAUGAUAUACGUCGGGAAUACGCCAACGAAUUGUGGCUGAGCACCGCUAGCAAUCAGUCGGUGAAUGUAUUCAAUCAGACUGCCUUCUACGUAGUGUCCAAUAGUAUUCUACAACGUUACCAAGAAAAUAUUACCGAGAGGAAACGUCAGAAACUAAACUGCAAUGGUCUAACACCUCAAGAUAUCUGGACAUUCCCAGCAGCGUUGAUGUUCUGCCUCUCAGUGUUCACUAUGAUCGGUUAUGGCAGUUUGGUGCCGAAGACCCAGUGGGGUAAAGGCGCCACUGUAAUCUACGCUGUGCUAGGCAUUCCAUUGUACGUGCUCUACUUCUUGAAUAUGGGCAAGGUGCUCGCACAAACCUUUAAAUGGCUUUAUACGCAACUGCAUGAGUGCACCGGUCAGCGGAAGCCUGGACAGAGAGUUAUCGUGCCCUCGACUGCUUGUCUUUGGGUGAUAUUCGGCUACAUAAUCGUCGGUUCAAUCAUAUUUGCCGAGUGGGAAGGGUGGAACUAUCUGGACAGUACUUACUUCUGCGUCACCUCGCUCUGCAAGAUCGGUAUGGGCGACCUAGUUCCAGGCUGGAGCCAUUCUACGGAAGACAGUCAGACAAAGCUCAUCAUUAACUUUGUGUACAUGUUGUUGGGCAUGGGCUUAAUGGCUAUGUGCUAUAAUCUGAUGAAGGAGGAGAUAUACGUGAAGGCUCGAGAACUUAAGGAACAGCUGAAUCAAAUUAUGGAUAUUAUUCAUUAUAAAUUAAUAACAUGUUGUAAAUCGGAACCUGCGGAUUAAGGAGUAAAAAAAAUGAUUCACAGGAUAAAGUUGAUGAAAGUUAUAAAUAAUGCCAAAAUAUAUAA